GUUGAUAAGAAUGGAUUUGUUAAAGAGCGCUUCUUGGAUUUAGUACAUGUGAAAGAUACUACAUCAUCCACUCUUAAGCAAGAAAUCUGUUUAGUAUUGUCUAAUCAUAAUCUCAACAUUGAAAAUAUUAGAGGCCAAGGAUAUGAUGGAGCUAGUAAUAUGCGUGGAGAGUGGAAUGGUUUGCAAGCUCUUAUUCUUCAAGAAUGUCCUUAUGCAUAUUAUGUACAUUGUUUGGCUCAUCAGUUACAAUUAGCUCUUGUUGCUGCAUCUAAAGAUUCAAGUGAUGUUCAUGCUUUUUUUCAAAACUUGAGUAGGAUUGUUAAUGUUGUGUGUUCUUCUUGCAAACGCAAUGAUGAGUUACAUGAUGCUUAUGAGACUGAAAUUGCACGUUUGGUUGCAAAUGAUGAGAUUGAAACUGGGAGGGGAGCUAAUCAAAUUGGCACACUACAAAGACCUGGAGAUACUAGAUGGAGUUCUCAUUUCAAUUCAAUAUGUAGCCUUCUACGCAUGUUUAAUGCAACUACUUCAGUUCUUGAAGAUUUGGUGGUUAAUGGAACUGGCUCUCAACGAGCAACUACAGAACGUGCUUUUUCAGCUAUGAAGAUUAUAAAAACAAGUUUGCGCAACAAGAUGGAAGAUGGUUUUCUUACUGACUACAUGAUUGUUUAUAUUGAGAAGGAGAUUGCACGAAGAUUUACAACUGAUAUGAUAAUUGAUGAUUUUUACUUCAUGAAACAACGACGGGCACAACUUAAGAAAUAAAGGUACAUACUUGAAUAACUUGAUCUUGCAAUAUGUUCGAUAUAUUUAUCAAAUGUAAAUAUGAGAAAUAAUUUUUAUUAAAUUAUGUUAAUUAUUAUCUAGUUUUGUCAGAUAAUAUGCUUUUGAUACUUUAAUUUUCAUUUAUUAUAAAUUAUAUAUUAUUUAUUCUCGGCCCCCCAGUAUUGAAAUCCUGGCUCCGU